UAGUUUGUUUUAUAUUGCUGCAACAUUAAUUGCGUGGAUGGUUUCACCAGGUCUACCCCGGUUUCGGUGUUCAUCACGUGAAAAUGAUUAGUAACUUAGAAUCAUCUAUAAAUGUUUAUCUUCAACCUGUGGAGGGUUGUAAACUUUCUACAUUUAUCCACGUUUUGAGUCCUUUUAAGCUGCUCCUCAUUAUGUCUGCAAAUAUCUAGUGAGCUUUGAAGUUCACAUUAGCGUUUGCAGAACUAAAACAAUGGUGAGUGGCAAUGCUGAAAAGAUGGCGAAUUCACAAGCAGAAAAAGAAACAGAUAAAUUUGCAUUAGAUGGAAGUGUUGAUCUGCAUGGCAGGCCUGUUGAGAUAGCAAAGACUGGAGGAAUAAAAGCUUGUUCUUUUAUAGUGGGGUAUGAGUUCUGUGAGAGGCUGGCUUUUGGUGGGAUAUGGGCUAAUUUGGUGAUAUAUCUCACAAGCAAACUGCAUGAAGGCACUGUUUCUGCGUCAAGAAAUGUUACCAAUUGGACUGGUGUAAUGUGGAUUAUUCCCAUUUUUGGGGCUUAUAUUGCUGAUACUCACUGGGGUCGCUACUGGACCUUCCUAGUCUUUGCCUUUGUCUAUGUAGUGGGAAUGGGGCUCAUGACAUUAGCUGUUUCAUUGACAUCAUUGAGACCCCCUGCUUGCCCAUCAGGUGAAGGAUGUGAGAAGGCUUCCCCUCUUCAAAUUGGAGUAUUCUAUUUCGCCUUAUAUCUUUUGGCAAUAGGCGCAGGGGGAACCAAGCCCAACAUCUCCACCUUUGGAGCAGAUCAGUUUGAUGAGUUUCACCCCAAAGAAAAGUCCCAGAAAAACCACUUCUUCAACUGGUGGAUGUUCACAAUUUUCUUGGGAACUCUGUUUGGCAAAACAUUUCUGAUUUACAUAGAAGACAAUGUGAGCUGGGGUGUGAGCUAUGGAAUCAUUACAGCAGCAAUAGUCAUCUCUGUCAUUAUUGUCCUGAUUGGAACUCCAUUUUACAGACACAAAAUAAUAUCUGGUAGCCCUCUUAAGCGCAUGGGUAAAGUGUUUGUCAGGUUAGCCACAAACUGGAAAGCAAAGGCUCCUUCAGAUCCUUCUGAGCUCUAUGAAGUUGAUUCCAAAGAAUAUGUUUCUAAGGGUAGAUAUCCCAUUGCACAUACAAAUACCUUGAGGAUCAUAGACAAGGCUGCAAUAAAGACUGAUACAAAAGAUGCCAAAGUGUGCACUGUGACCGAAGUGGAGGAAACAAAGCUGAUGAUAGGACUGCUUCCUGUCUGGUUGGCCUCCAUAAUACCCAGCACAAUGAUAACACAGGCUGGCACUCUGUUUGUCAAACAGGCAGAGACUCUUGAGAGACAUGUUGGCUCAAGCUUUGAAUUCCCGGCAGCCAGUGCCACAGCAUUCUUAACUCUCUCCAUGCUUAUAACCACAGUAGUCUAUGACAGACUCUUAGUUCCAUUCCUGAGAAGAUACACAGGAAACCCAAAAGGCAUAACUGCACUACAGAGGAUGGGAUCUGGAAUGCUGAUCCAGGUCAUUGUCAUGAUAGUUGCAAUGCUGGUAGAAUUCAAGAGAUUAGAUGUGAUUAAAGAACACCAUCUUGAGAACAACAAGAAGGCAAUUGUGCCCAGAAGUAUUUUCACCCUGAUUCCACAGUUUGCCCUAAUGGGUAUGGCUGAUGCAUUGCUGGAUAUAGGCAAAAUAGACUUCUUUUAUGACCAGGCUCCAGAGAGCAUGCAAAGCCUUGGGACUUCAUUGUUCACAAGCUCUCAUGGUGUGGGUGCUUUCACCAGCAGUUUGCUUCUUACAGCAGUGAGUAACUUCAGUGCAAGAGGGAACCGCAAAGGAUGGAUUCUGAAUAAUCUGAAUGCCUCUCAUCUGGAUUACUAUUAUGCAUUCUUAGCAGUUCUCCUGUUUCUGAACCUUUUGUUCUUCUUGUUUGUUUCUUAUGUGUAUGUCUACAAGAGAGAAGUUACAAGAGCCUUGGGUGAUGAUUCAGAGAAAACCAUUGAGAUUUUAGCUGUAAACAUACAUAAAGACGUAGAUAUUUGUUAGGAUGGUGGUAGUGGUGAUAGUACAAGGACCCACUGCAAGUCAACAUCCAUUAUUCACUUCACAAGGAUAUGUACUACUCUUUUCAUCUACUUCUGCAUUUAAGGUGUGAUUAGAAAGUUUGUCGAGGGAUUUCAGUACAGAAGAGUGUCGGCAUCGGUUUCUAAGACUAUUGACUGGUUAUCCUUAGCUUAAAAUAGUUGCAGAUUAUAAUUAUAUAUAUAUUUAUACAAUUUCUUCUU